AAGAAAUUCAUGGAAAAAGAACAAUGUCUGUAUUAAAUUGAAUCAACAAUUACAAAAGCUUAGUGAGACGUUGCAUGAGUAUAACGAUGCGAAGAAUUUAUUUUAUACAAGUUUAAAAUAAUUUGUCGCUCGCCAAGUUGGUUCAUUUUAAAGAAGGUCAGUCACUUAUUGGAACAUGCAUCGAUACCUUUUCUUAGUGCUGCUCCUUGGAGUUGUCUUUCAGAUUAAAUGUGAUGACUGGAUAGAACCUAGUAGCAAUGAAAACAAAUGGGUUAACGAAAGUUCAAGUGUUCUGUUUGAAUGGAAGUAUACUUUCAAUGAUAGCAACAGAAAUGGAUGUGUAGCCGUACAAUGUGGUUACUUUAGCGGCUCAAGUCUUAAGAUUCUUGUGCAAAAGUAGGGCAUACAAGUCCAAUUCAAAGAGGUCCUGAUAGAACGAGCUCGAGAAUUGAUAUUGAUACGAGAAGCAAGAAAUCAGGAUCUGUUGCAUUUAAAUUAAGAAGUGCAAAAGCGUCAGAUGAAUUUGUAUACCGAUGUGUGUUGAAUACUUCCUUAACAAAGGAGAGUAGAAAGUAUACGCUCAAAGUGCUUAAACGGCCGGAAUUUCAGACUUUUACAGUCACUCCUGAAUCUGUACAAGCUGGAAAAGCAAUCACAAUAAAUGUGACUACAACUGGUAAUCCUAUGCCAAGGUUGAUUUGUUAUCUCAUGUCAACCAGUGGAACUGAAAUUGAUCGAUUACCUCGUUUUGGUCGAGUUAACAAUAUCACACAAAAGACAUUUCUUGUGACAAAAGAAUCAAAAGAAGUUUUAUGUAUUGCUAUUGGAGAUCGUACUGGUUCAGUCCAGGACACUAGAAAGCUAAAUAUUAUAUCUGUGCCAUUCAAAGUAAAGAGUUUGGAGCAAGUUAAGAGCAUUAUCGACUCGUCGAUUACUGUCAGAUGGCUUCAUAUACCAUCCAAUGAAACUGGUGACCCAAGUCAAGGAGAAAAGUUUCUCUUACGUUAUGAGCUUGUAUGGUGGGACAAAACAAUAGAAAAUCUUGGAAAUGAGACUGUUUUGAAUCUAGGUUUGCCUGGAACGCAAAUACAAAAUCAAUCAUUUUACAAGAAGGAUAACUAUGUGUAUUUCACCCUCUCUGGUUUGAAUAUGAAGCAUCGCUAUGGCAUAGUGGUGUAUGGAGUUAAUAGUCUUGGAAAUGGACCAGAAACUGAGAUAAAUACAGCUUUUCGUCCCAAACAUAUCGCAAGAUGCGCGCCAACCGUUAUUGAGUUAAGAUCGCUUGAAGACAAAAAAACCAUUUCAUCACCUUCUUACCCAUCACCAUAUGAUCACAAUCUGAAUUGUUCAUAUUACAUUUACGGACUUCUUGGCACAAAAAUUAAAAUCGAUUUUGAGAUGUUUCAACUUCACAGUGAUUCUUCAUCGAAAUGUAAUGCUGAUAGGAUAGAAACAUAUAAAAGAAGCGAAAAGUCAAUUGAAUUGGUUGAAACACAAUGUGGAAAGCAAGAUAAUUUAACAAUCAAACACCUUGCAGAUUUCAUGCGUCUUAAUUUCAUCACAAUGAAGGGAAAUAGUGGCAGUCAAGGUUUCAAAGCAAAUGUUUAUAUGGUACCAGAUUCGAAAUCGUCUAAAGCUACCUCGACUGAAAGGGCCAUAUUGACAGUAUUGGUGUGUUACCUUGUGACGUUUCUGAUGUAAGGCCAUGUAUAGAUCAGAAGAGAAGAAGAGAACGAUGAACGAUUUUUUGCCGACCACCUUUUUUGCCGCUUUUUUUCCUUUUUUUUUAACCAGUUUCUUGAAAUUGACUAAACCUAAACUUUUUUAUAUAUCUAUAACUAUUUUUGUUGUUGUUGUUUUGUUUAAAUAAAACCAAACCCAAUUUAAA